AUGCAUUGUGAGAGGUUUAUCUGUAUCCUGAGAAUAAUUGGAACUACCCUUUUUGGAGUCUCCCUCCUCCUGGGGAUCACAGCUGCUUAUAUUGUUGGCUACCAGUUUUUCCAAACAGAAAAUUAUUAUUUCUCUUUUGGACUCUAUGGUGCUUUCUUAGCCUCACAUCUUAUCAUCCAAAGCCUAUUUGCCUUUCUAGAGCACAGAAAAAUGAGAAGAUCACUAGAAACUCCUAUUAAAUUGAACAAAUCUGUGGCUCUUUGCAUUGCUGCAUACCAAGAAGACCCCGAUUACUUAAGGAAAUGUUUACUUUCUGUGAAAAGACUAACCUAUCCUGGGAUUAAAGUGGUCAUGGUCAUAGAUGGCAAUUCAGACGAUGACCUGUAUAUGCUGGAGAUCUUCCGAGACGUCAUGGGCAGGGACACUGCGGCCACUUACAUCUGGAAGAAUAACUUCCACACAAAGGGCCCUGGUGAGACGGACGAGUCACAUAAAGAGAGCUCCCAGUACAUAACGCAGCUGGUCUUGUCCAACAAAAGUAUUUGCAUCAUGCAAAAAUGGGGUGGAAAAAGAGAAGUAAUGUACACAGCAUUCAAAGCACUGGGGAGGAGUGUGGAUUAUGUGCAGGUAUGUGAUUCAGAUACCAUGCUUGACCCAGCCUCAUCCGUGGAGAUGGUCAAGGUCUUAGAAGAAGAUCCUAUGGUUGGAGGUGUUGGUGGAGACGUACAGAUUUUAAACAAAUACGAUUCGUGGAUCUCAUUCCUUAGCAGCGUGAGAUACUGGAUGGCUUUUAACAUAGAAAGAGCCUGUCAGUCCUACUUUGGCUGCGUGCAGUGCAUCAGUGGACCCUUGGGAAUGUACAGAAACUCUUUGCUACAUGAUUUUGUAGAAGACUGGUACAAUCAAGAAUUUAUGGGCAACCAGUGUAGUUUUGGGGAUGACCGGCAUCUGACUAACCGAGUGCUGAGCCUGGGGUAUGCUACAAAAUAUACUGCCAGAUCUAAGUGCCUUACAGAAACACCCAUAGAGUACUUGAGAUGGCUAAACCAGCAGACCCGAUGGAGCAAGUCAUACUUCCGGGAGUGGCUGUACAAUGCCAUGUGGUUCCAUAAACAUCAUUUGUGGAUGACCUACGAAGCUGUUAUCACUGGAUUCUUUCCUUUCUUCCUCAUUGCUACAGUUAUCCAGCUAUUCUACCGGGGGAAAAUCUGGAACAUUCUCCUCUUUUUAUUGACCGUCCAGUUUGUGGGCCUCAUCAAGGCUUCCUUUGCCAGCUGCCUAAGAGGGAAUAUCGUCAUGGUUUUCAUGUCCUUAUAUUCAGUGUUGUAUAUGUCAAGUUUACUCCCAGCAAAGAUUUUUGCCAUCGCCACCAUAAACAAGGCAGGGUGGGGCACAUCAGGAAGGAAAACCAUUGUUGUUAACUUCAUAGGACUCAUCCCAGUGUCCAUUUGGUUUACAAUCCUUCUGGGUGGUGUAAUUUUCACCAUUUACAGGGAGUCCAAAAAGGAAUUUAGUGAUUCUAAACAGACAGUUCUUAUCAUUGGUUCAUUAGUCUAUGCAUGCUAUUGGGUUAUGCUAUUGACUCUUUAUGUGGUUCUCAUCAGCAAGUGUGGCAGGCGGAAGAAGGAGCAACAAUAUGACAUGGUGCUUGAUGUAUGA